CAGCUUGUUUUCGGGUUCAAGAGAAUACGCCAUAUUGGAUCGCUGUACUGUUUCACAAUUUAGAGCUAGCUUGCUUGUAUGAGGACUAGCCAGUGGUCCCCGUUCGAUUUGGGCUUUUAGCACUUACUGUUUCUCUAUUUUUAAACGGGAUUAUUUGCGAACUAUCAAGGUCCAUUAACGAGGGUAUUUUAACCGGCAAAAGGAUUCGCGUAAAGGGGUUGUUUAAAAUUUUUGUUGAAUGGAUCCGAGGGUAGCUUGGAUUCAGCCCGAGCAGAAAGGACCUGCGAAUGCCUUAUGGAUGCAUAUUUGGGAGACCUCUCAGGCAGUCAGGACAAACUCCAGUCAUCAUCAGCCUCUUCACCAUCAUCACCAUCACCACCACUACCAUCACCCCCACCAGCACCUCUGUGUCAACUCUCCGGCAGUGGACUCGAGCGUUUUCAAAAAUGUAGCAGCCGCGGCUGCUAGCAGAAGCAGUAGCCAUGCAGGCAGCUCUAGAAACAGCACUGCAAAUUCUUCUUUCAGUGUAACGUUACCCAACGGCAGCGCACAGAACCCUCUCGCUUCUCCGUUUGCUCACGGAGUUACGGUAAAGGUAGGUGUGGGAGAGGGAAAAAGUCUACAAAAAACGAGUUCGGUGUCGUCCUCGUCCUCUGUGGAAUCCGUAACGGAAAGCCCGGCUCCUAACUGCUCCUCGGGAAGGACUAAUGGCAGUGGUAGUAAUGCCACUGGAAACAUGAACAAAAACGCCGGAGGUGCCAGUAUAUUUAGUUUCAGUGACAGCAUGUUCAAUAUCAACCACCACCACCACAAUCUGCAUCAAGAGCAACACCAAUACAAUUUCCAGCAAAAUUACAACAAGCGUCACAGUUUUCACCCCACUGCAAUCGUGAACCAUCAUAAUCACCACCCAGGCCGUAGGAAAAGUGACAACAAGGCGAGCACCUAUGGGAUCAACUAUCUGCUAUCCAACUGUAGUAAUGGCAACUAUGUCUGCUCUGGAACUCCUUGGAAAACGAGGAAGUACAAUCCAGGGAUUAAUGGGCUCCAUGAGGAGAUAGUGGAUUUCUAUGAAUUCAUGUCCCCCCGGCCUGAGGAAGCCGCCAUGCGGAAGGAGGUGGUGAACAGGAUAGAGACCGUCAUCAAAGAGCUGUGGCCCUCAGCAAACGUCCAGAUAUUUGGCAGCUUCAGUACAGGGCUCUAUCUCCCCACAAGCGACAUUGACCUGGUGGUCUUUGGAAAAUGGGAGCGUCCCCCACUGCAGCAGUUGGAACAAGCCCUGCGGAAACACAAUGUGGCUGAGCCUUACUCCAUUAAAGUACUUGACAAAGCUACGGUACCAAUAAUAAAACUGACUGACCAAGAAACUGAAGUCAAGGUGGACAUCAGUUUUAACGUGGAGACCGGGGUGAAAGCUGCUCGCUUUAUCAAGGAUUACGUGAAGAGGUAUACCGUCCUGCCUUACUUAAUUUUCGUGCUGAAGCAGUUCCUCCUCCAGAGGGAUCUGAAUGAGGUCUUCACCGGCGGCAUCAGUUCCUACAGUCUCAUUUUGAUGGUCAUUAGCUUCUUACAGCUGCACCCAAGAAUUGACGCCCGAAACCCCAACGUUAAUCUUGGAAUCCUGCUCAUUGAGUUCUUCGAGCUGUACGGGAGGCACUUUAACUACUUGAAAACGGGAAUCCGCAUCAAGAACGGAGGCGGUUACAUUGCCAAAGAAGAGAUCAUGAAAGCCAUGACCAAUGGCUACCGGCCAUCCAUGCUGUGCAUCGAGGAUCCUCUCUUGCCAGGAAAUGAUGUUGGUCGGAGCUCCUACGGUGCCAUGCAGGUGAAGCAGGUCUUUGACUACGCCUACAUCGUGCUCGGCCACGCGGUUUCUCCCCUGGCCCGCUCCUACCCCAACAAAGACACCGACAGCACUUUGGGCCGCAUUAUAAAAGUUACCCAGGAAGUCAUCGACUACAGGGAGUGGAUCAUAAAGAAGUGGGGAGGCAGGCAGAGCGCCCAGAUGGAGAGCUGCGGCCCGGUGCUGAAGGACGGGGGCGAGCAGAUGGACCCCAGCGGGCUGGCCGGCCUCGCUGCAGACGAGCGGCAGCGGGACUCCGUCUCCCCCCACAGCGCCGACUCCCCCAUGUCCCUCUCCAGCCCCCAGCAGCACUCCUCCGCCUCCUCAGUCUCCUCCCUCUCAGGAAGUGACAUCGACUCCGAUUCGACUCCCUGCGCAGCUCCGAACAUUCCCCCUUUCCAGAUCCCAGCACACGCACUGGCUGCCCUGGCACCCGCACUGCAGAUCCCCCCCGGGAAGCCCAGCCUGAACGGGGCGCUCAUCAUGUCUUCCUGCUCCCAGGCCAGGCUGUCCCUGCCGGGGAACAUGGGCGUCCAUUCCCUGCCCGGCAGACAGGUCUGCAUAGAGGGGCCAUCCCCUUUCCUCCACAUGCCCUCCCCGGCUGCCCCUCCUGCGUCUCCCAGCCCUCUGCCCAGCUCCCACCUGCACCACAAGAUUCACAACGGGCCCAAGUACCCGGUGAAGGGACCUCACAGCCCCGCCGGCCUGCACAGCCCCAUGCAAGGGAGCCGCGCCCACCUGCAGUUCAACCGCAGCACCUGGCGCCGCAGGAAGCACAGCCGCGAGAACCUGCCCGUCACCCUCAGCAGCAGAUAAGCUGAAGCUGUCCGUCAUCCCCAGGCCCCUCCUCCCCACCCCAGGCCCCGCCCUUUUUAAAAAGAAAAAAAAAAAAAAACCAACCGACGCUUGACAGAGGAAGCAGACCAGCAUCCAGUGCUGCGAGUGGCCAGCACCACUCUGCGGCCGAUACCUUUGCAUGUUUCCUGUAGCGCGGCUCCAGAGCCCGUCUUACAGGUCGUUAUCGUACUGUGCUUAUCGAUCUGUGACAACUUGUCCUGAUGUAAAUGUUUUUGUUUUUUUUUUUGUUACAAUUUCUUAUGUUUUAUUUUCUUUUAUUUUCCCUCUGCUUGAGUUUUUCGCCUCACGCCGAUACUCCGUCGAAAAUUGGGAGUGUUGCCAUUCGGUGAGUUUCUGGAGAGUUCUGAAGUGACCUCUGGGAAAAAUCUUUUUUGGCGGGGUUAAGUUUGAGGCAGUAGCUUUUAAUUUUUUUUUCUUCCUCCUUUCUUAUGAUGACACUGUCUCCGUUUUGCAGCAAAGCUGCCUCCAUUUUCAUACCCAUACUGUUACUUAACUUUUUCAAGUGUGCAAAAGGAACAAACUGUUACUCAUUUGUGCAAUAACUUUUUUUUUUUUCUUCCAAAAAUAAGGUUAUUUAAUUUUUGUUAUGGAUGUGUCAAGCAUUUUUCCUUUUUAUUUUAGUUUGUUUUUUUAAGUUAUUUUUGUAGUGUUUUUAUUUUGUUUAAAGUUUACAAAUCCUUUCCCAGAUUGCAUCGUUUGCAAGUCUGUUUUUAAGUGGACUGUAUUUGUGAGUGUCGAGGAAAGCCUGUUGCAUUACACUGACUCCCCCUGAAGAGCAGCGCCGAGCCGCCGGACCCGCCCAGCGCUCCCCGCUUUCCCCAGCAGGUGGAGCUCUCAGCUCGGACGCUCUGUGCGACGUCUCUCCUCCUGCUUUUACCGACGCACCCAACCGAGGCUCGAGUUUCCUUUUUAAAUCACUUUCUUUUGGUGUGUGUGCGCGCGCGCGCGUGUGUGAGAGCACGUGCGUGCGCACACGUGUCUAAAAAUGUGCGUGUGUGUGCGAGCGAGAGUGUGUGUAAGAGCGUUCACGUGUGCGUGUCUCUGAGAAUGUGCGUGUGUGAGCGUGUGCGCGAAUGUAUAUGUGCGUGCUCGGAAGAGAGAGAGAAUGUAUCUCGGCUGCCAGGGCCAACGCUGAGUUAUCUGAUUAAUAUUCAAUCAGUGUUUUGGCCAAGGAAAAACUCUGGAUUUUUAUUGCUCGUGCUCCUUUUUAGCCUCCUGAAAUAUUCCCGGACAGGUUGGAUUGAUAAUUCCCUUCCAUAAUUCUCAGAUCAUUUCGGGUGUCAAGGAGCUUCCUUUGGAGUAAAAAGCAUCAGAACGUUUUUCCCCUGGACUUCGGUUUGUUUCUGUAUUUUAUUUCAUUUUCUUGUUCUCAUUUUAAAUGAAAAAGGGGGGCGGGGGGAUGGAGGAAGGGGAAGGUCGAAUGAAGGCAAAGCAGAUUAGGAAUGGACUUUGUGAAUUUAUGUAACCUGUGUAUAUGCAAGGUACCCCACACUGCCGCGGGUGCCCAGUUUAAACGGACUUAGGAGAAAGGGAAUUAUUUUGAUUCCAUUCAGGAAUCUGUAACGGUAUGCGUUCGUUCUAUUAAGAGCAACACCGUCGAAUCAGAAAUUAUUACCAAGUACUUCCGUUACUGUAUGCGUUGCCUGAGGUGUUAUUUUCUGUUUCAGUAUUGUUUCGGUAUGGCUGUCACUGAAAAUGUUACAGAUGCAUACAGGUAUUACUAUGCAAGUGUGUUUUCCUUAUAUUUCCUUCUGGUGAUGGCCACUGCUUGAUGCCAUUUUGAUGCAAGGAUAAUGUAACCUUAAACCCAAUCGUAGAAGCAUUGUCGUCUCCAAAGAUGACCUGCAGCGAUGUAAGAACAAGAAUAAUAUGCAAGUUGAAAGCUUUUUGUUUUUCUUUUUUCUUUUUUCAAGCCCUAGUUUUUCUAAUUUCAGUGAACAUCACCAAGGAGUGUGCAAUCUUAGAGCGAUUUGACUAUGUGUUAUCCACACAGAUGGCUGAACAUAUUUAAGGUAAAGCUCAUUAGGACUGAGCCACCCCUGCUGUUUAUUAAGGCUUAUCGCUAAACCACACCUUUGGCCACAACCAAAUACGGAAGCAGGUCUGUUGAUGACGAUAUUUCUUAACAUUCCAUUUUGGAAUAGUGCUUAAAAUGUGCUACAAGCACCACUGGUUAUAUUGUGAUGUAAGUACAAGCUAUUAUGAGGUAUAACUAAGGCGGUAUUGAAUCAAAAUGGUGUCUUUCCCAAAAAUAGCAAAAUCACAAACUGUAACGCUUGUAGCCAUUUCAGAUGGAUGUUACCAGCAGUCAUAUUUUGCAGAAAAAAUGGCUUCCGUUUCACAUUUGUGAUUUUUUUAUUACUGGCUUGGUCAAAGUUUUUUUUUUUUUUUUUUUUUUUAAGGAUUUAAGCGCAUUUGAGAAAUCACUGUAUGGAAUUAAGGUGAAUAUAAAACAAUAGAUGCAAUGAUGCUUUCUCUGCCUCCAUGCAGGCUUUUAAAUCAGCUUCUGCUGCUUUCUUUAAAACAUUCUUGACAAAAGCAUACCAGGCUAGCCAUCAUGGUACAUCAUUUCACGACAACCAAAAACAAAAUGGUCACCUGGCUUACAACGAUGUUAUCUUAAUUGGUAUUAUCAGAAGGAAGUACUGUGUUAUUUUUUGUUUUGUGUUUUUUUUUUUUGAUCAACAUUUUUUAUGUAAAGUUUUUUGUAUUCUUUAUUUUUUA